GAUCCUCCAGAAGCUUUAACAGCAUAGCAAACGAAGCUGUUCGAACGGAAGUUAAACGACUUGUUUCUUUAAAACCACCACGAAGUCUCAAAGGGACGCGGAUAGCAAUUCAGACAGAGCUCUGCAGCUCGGCACGUGGAGACCUACGGCAUUUCGGAGCCAGGAUGCUUUUCCUCGCCGUCUGCCGGCGGCACCGACCCGGGGCUGACAGCUCUCCGCCUCCGCCGCCCCCCGCUCCAGGGCCGCUGCCGCCCGCUUGCGGCGGGAGGCGAGGGGAGAGACGGAGCGGCGGCCCGAGAGCGGCCCGGAGUUACCGCCGCGGGCGGAGAGCCGCGAAGCCGGGGAGCGGCGGCGACGACUGCGCGUCCCUCCCCGCCUCUCGCCCGCCCUCCCCUCCCGGCCGCCGCACGGCCUGUUCGGCGGCCGCAGACAAAGGGAGGAAGCGGGGACGAGCCGGGACAAGGAGGCGGCGGCGGCCCCGACAGCCGCAUCCUUCCCCACUGAGCAGGAGCCGGCGGCGCGCGGCGGGAGGAGGACGGGCCGGGGGCUCACCAGGAUCCGCUUGAAAAGGGUGAUUGCAUCCGCGGGCUGGAGGAGAGCAAUGCGCUGGAAGGACAGACGGAGGGACGGCCGAAGACAGGCAGCUGCUGCAGCACGCCGGGAGUUGUGUCUGUGAGCAGGCAUGCUGGGAGUGCGAGUCUUUCCACUUUACUUCCUGUCUGCAAUGGCCUCGUGAUGUAAGGCAGGACCUGUCUGGCGCUUCCAUUUGGGGAGGAUGGUGAAAGUGCUCCGUGUCUCAUACUGCUAAUUUCAGGCAGUGGAAGAAUAAGAAACGAUAUGAAACCUCCACAAAGUGUCUGUUUUUUCAAGAACCUGCUUUCCAGUUUCUACUGUUAUGGUCAGCUUCACAAUUCCCUUCUUCCUUCUGUUGCAAAGAAGAUGAGUUGUGUGAUGAGGCUGCACAGCCGUGGAUUUUGGAGGCCAAACUCUUUGCUGGACACAGCUGGAUUCACUCUGUCAUUUCACAGUCAGCUUAGGAAGAAGCAUCAGGACUCUCGAGCAUUGUGGAAGCAUGAGGCUGUGCAGAAGUAUCUGGAAACUCUGAGCAAGGAAUACCAGCAGGUUAAUAGUCUGCUAAAUGCUGAUUCAAAGAAUGAAUUUGAGCAAAGGACCCUGAGGAGAAGACAUGCUGAUCUGUCCCCAGUCGCAACUGCAUUUCAAGAAAUCAAAGAGGCUGAAGGCGAGCUCCGGGAAUUAGAAACCAUGUGUAGAGAGCUGGGCAGCAGAGAAGAGAAGCAACUGCUAGAGCUUGCCUUAGAAGAGAAGGAAACCCUCGAUAAAAAAAUCAACACGCUGUGCAGAAAGCUUUUCCAGCUUCUAGUGCCAAAGGAGAAGUAUGAUAAAAGUCACGUUAUAUUAGAAGUGACAGCUGGCAGAACAACUGGAGGUGACAUCUGCCAACAGUUCACUAAAGAAAUGUUUGAGAUGUACCAGAACUAUGCGGGCUAUAAAUGCUGGACCUUUGACAUUCUGAACUACGUGCCAGCUGAGAUAGGUGGGUUGCAUCACGCGGCUGCUCAUAUUUCAGGAGAUGAUGUCUACAGGCAUCUGAAAUAUGAAGGAGGGACUCACAGAGUCCAGCGAAUCCCUGAGACCGGGCUGUCAUCGAGAAUGCAGCGUAUUCAUACGGGGACAAUGUCAGUUAUUGUGCUCCCUCAGCCAGAGGAGGUUGAUGUUAAAGUGGAUCCCAAAGAUCUGCGUAUAGACACAUUCCGGGCCAAAGGAGCAGGAGGGCAACACGUCAACAAAACUGACAGUGCUGUGAGGGUUGUACAUCUUCCCACAGGGGUGGUGGUUGAGUGCCAGCAGGAGAGAUCGCAGCAGAUGAACAAGGAAAUAGCUCUGAGGACGCUGAGAGCUAAGCUGUACCAGCAGAUCAUUGAGAAACAACUGAGUCAAGAGCAGAGCGCCAGGAAACUGCAGUUGGGAACAAGAGCCCAGUCAGAGAGAAUUCGUACUUACAACUUCACCCAGGACAGAGUCACUGACCACAGGAUCUCGUAUGAUGCACGCAAUAUCAAGGAAAUUCUGAGUGGGAAAGAGGAACUGGAUAAGCUAAUAAACAGGCUGCUGGAGUUUGCGGAGAUGGAGGCUCUCACAGAGUAUCUAGAAAACCUGCAGUCCAUGGGAGGAGAAGGAUGCUGAAGAUCUUGUGUGGAGCUAAAGCAGAACUGGGUUUGUAACUAAAUAAAAUGGGCAUACUUAUUGGAUGACAGAUUGAUUAAAAUCUAUGCCUCUGUUUUUCAA